AUGAAACGUUUUGGCGAUAUUAGAACAUUUUUCACCAAUACUUCAAAAAGUAUUUCAACAAAUAAUCAAAAUGAUUCAAUAGAAAAUCCAGAAAACAAUCCCGCUAGACAGGGGCUGGCCUUUAGAGGUCACAAUGAAAAACAAGAAAGUUCUAACAAAGGAAAUUUUUUAGAAUUAUGUGAACUAUUUUGUAAGUUUGACAGUAAUUUUAGAAUAAAAUAUCAUACAUACUUAUCAUAUACAAGCCAUGAUAUCCAAAAUGAAAUUCUCAAUAUUAUAUCCAAUUCAACUAUAAAAGUCAUAACAAAUGAAAUUAGAAGAUGUGGAAAGUAUUCAUUAAUAUGUGAUGAGGCACGUUCAUUUAAAGAAGAACAAUUGAGUUUGUGUGUGAGAUAUUGUAAUGGAUUUGAAGUAUGUGAACGUUUUAUAAAAUUUAUUGAUUGCUCUCAGUCAAGGGAUGCAGAAAGUUUGAAAAAUAUUAUUAUAAAUGAACUAAAACAAUUAGAAAUAGCUGACAUACCCAUUGUUGCACAAACAUAUGACGGUGCUAGCGUGAUGUCAGGCGCUGUAGGAGGACUACAAGCUAAGAUUAGAGAAAAAUAUCCAACUGCUGUAUACUUUCAUUGUGCAGCACAUAAACUAGCCUUGGUGGUUACUGACACUUAUAUAACAUUAGGCCAAGCAACUUCAGCAAUUAAUGGUGUAAUACAAACUUUACAAGAAAAAAGGUCUGAUAAGAAUUUUAAACUAUUGUGGGAUGAUAUCACUAACUUUUCAAGAAAGUUUGGUGUUUGUUUGAACUAUGAAGAAUUUUCAAAAAAAAGGAAACCUGUUGAGAAUCAAUAUUUAAAAAGUUCUCUUAUAAGAAAAGAUAUAUUAAAAGCUGAAAUGAUGAUUGUAAAUAAUUAUUUAAAUUCCAAAAUCAAAAAUUGGACUAUUCAAGAUUUGUUUUCAACAGUUACAUUAGAACUAUAUCCUAAUUUACAUAAUUUGUUACAAGUGGCACUAAGUAUACCAGUAAGCUCAGCUUCAUGUGAGCGAUCCUUCUCAGCUAUGAGAAGGAUUAAAAAUUGGUUAAGGACUACUAUGAUUCAAAAUAGAUUUAGCAAUUUGGCAAUAAUACACAUAGAAAAUGAAUUAGUAAAGACAUCAAUUGAAUCAAAACAGAUUCUUGAAGACUUUGCCAAAUGUGGUUCAAGAAGAAUUCAAUUAACUAUUUAA